UAAUUUAUACGACUGGAAACGAGCGUGAUAAAAUUUAUAAAUAAUUGCGAAACCUAUACGAAAAAAAAUCAUAGACUUAAAGUGAAAACCUGAUUUUUAUGGUCUUAUUUUUCAUAUCCUUAUUCACAUCUUUAAUUCAAUAUAAAAAGGUAAUCAUUUCAUCUGAGGCAGCAUAUUGUUGGGUAGUGUAAAGAAUAUAGACAUUUCACAACAAAUCGACAAGAAAAUCAAACAGGUCAUCACUGUUGAUAGAAUUGAGAUUAUCAGAAUAUAAAUACAAAAUAUAAAUAUCGAUGGGUUCUCCAGAAAAGAUAUUCGAUGCUAUCGUCAUUGGUGCUGGUGUGGUUGGUCCAGCUAUCGCCACAGCAUUAGCCAGACAAGGUAGAGAUGUGUUGAUUGUUGAAAGAGAUUGGUCUAUACCAGAUAGAAUUGUGGGAGAAUUAAUGCAACCUGCUGGUCUUAAAGCUUUAAGAGAAUUGGGUAUGAUUCAAGCUAUAAAUAAUAUCGAAGCCACUCAUGAAGUGGGUUAUUAUAUUAAGUUUAAUAAUGAAGAACUUAUAUUAAAGUAUCCUUUAAAGCAAGAUGCCAAUACCACUAAUCCAGUUAAACCAGUUCCAUCCUGUGUAUUUGGUGAUAAUGAUAAAUUACUUACUGAUUCAACUUUAAAUUCUCAAGAAUGGGAUGCUGAUGAAAGAGUUAGAGGUGCAUCCUUCCAUCAUGGUGUGUUUUUAGAUAAUUUAAGAAAUAUUGUUAAAAAUGAACGUAAUGUUGAUUGGUUAGAAGGUAAUGUGACCAAUAUAUUAAGAAAUGAUGAAGAUCCAAAUGUGAUUAUUGGAGUUAAAGUUAAAGUUAAAGGUGAAAAUGAUAAAGAUGAACCUGAAUUUAAAAGAUAUUAUUCUAAAUUAACUAUAUGUUGUGAUGGUAUAUAUUCUAAAUUUAGAAAAGAAUUAUCACCAACUAAUAUUCCAACUAUUGGAUCCUAUUUUGUGGGAUUACAUUUAAUAGAUGCUCAAUUACCUGCUAAACAUCAUGGUCAUGUUAUAUUAGGAGAUCAUGCCCCAAUUUUGAUAUAUCAAAUUUCUCCAAAGGAGACUAGAAUUUUAUGUGCUUACAGAUCAAAUAAACCACCAUCUCAAUCUAAUGAUGAAUUAUAUAAUUAUUUAAAGAGUCAUGUUUUACCAUAUGUUCCAAAGGAAACUGCUCCAUCAUUUAGAGAGGCUUUAGAAACGAGAAGAUUUAGAGUUAUGCCAAAUCAAUAUUUACCUGCUUUAAAACAAGGUAAUGUUAGUCAUCAAGGAUUAAUUAUGUUAGGAGAUUCAUUAAAUAUGAGACAUCCAUUAACUGGAGGUGGUAUGACAGUUGGAUUAAAUGAUGCUGUAUUAUUAUCACGUUUAUUACUGCCAAAACAAAUUGAAGAUUUUGAAGAUUAUGAAUUAUUAAGUAAGAGAUUAGGUCAAUUCCAUAGACAAAGAAAGAAUUUAGAUGCUGUUAUAAAUACUUUAUCAAUUGCAUUAUAUGCAUUAUUUGCCGCUGAUAAUGUGGCACUUAAAAUCUUACAAAAGGGAUGUUUUAAAUAUUUCUUAUUAGGAGGAUCAUGUGUUAGUGGUCCAAUUGGAUUAUUAUCUGGUAUGUUACCAUUCCCAAUGAUUUUAUUCAAUCAUUUCUUUAGUGUUGCAUUUUAUGCUAUCUAUUGUAAUUGUAUUGAAAGAGGAUUAUUAGGAGCUCCAUUAGCUUGUAUUGAGGCCUUCCAAACCAUUUUCACGGCCAUAUACAUAUUUACUCCAUACUUAUGGAAUGAAUUAGUUUAGUUUAGAUUUAAACCUCUCUAUUCUGUAUAUAGAUAUUCCCCUUCCUUUUUUAAUUUAAUAAGUUUAAGUAGUUUACGUUUGCCAUUUUAUAUAUGUCUAUAUAUAUUAUUACCAGUUUUAUCAGAUCACAUCGGAGGUAUGGAUGUAGACGAUUUUAAACUAAAUGUAUGGAUGUUUUAAUAAAAUGUCGUACCAUAUUAAACCAAGAAAAUCUUAUAAGAAAUACGAAAGAGAACGAGACAUUUUUGGAUAUUUUGGCGUGCUGGUUUCGGGUUAUUAGGAAGAGAAGACAAGGAUAAGACAUGACAAUUGACCGAUAGAUUUGACAGAAUAGCCAUGACCUAUCGUAACUUAAUAUCAGAUUUGAUCCUAUAUAAUUUUUAAUUUCUUGUAAAUCAAUACUAACCAAACAUAAGCUUGUUUUAUACCAUUUUAAACAAGCUUGUUUGAAUU